AUUGGUUUUAUCCUCGGGGUGGUGGUGGUUGUUUCUGCUGAAGCUCUUAGUGUGUUAUGGAUCGUGAAACUGAUGGGAAGCCAGAUCAAGAAACGUGGCGAAUCGAAAUUUCUCGUGGGGGGCCGGGAAAUUGAUACCCAACAAUCUCUUAGUUCAGCAUUUAAGAAACAGGGUGUGGUUUGGGUUCUAGAGUACAACAAAAUCUCAAAAGUCUGGCUUGACAGAACAUCAAGAGAGCAAAAAAGAAAAAAAGAAUUUGUGGUGGUUUCUCCUGUUAAAAAGUAUGGAAAAAUUACCGACCAAUCAUUUAUUCUGACAGAAACUGAUGGAUUGUGUACAACUAUUCAGCUAAAGGGCUGCAUAGUUGAAGCCGUUUCUUCUACAAGUCUUUCUUCAAAAAAAUGGGCAAAGAAGCUCCCCAUCAAAGUUGAAAGUUCUUCUGCAAUAUACAAUGGCAGCAAAAUCCUUUACAUAUAUCUUGAGACUUCAUGGGAGAAAGAAUCUUGGUGUAUGGCCCUCCGUCUGGCUUCUUGUGAUCAAAAUGAAAAAUUAAAAUGGUUUUCCCAGUUGCAUGAAGAGUUUCAUUAUCUGAUAUCUUUAAAUGCUGAAUAUCCUUCAUUUAUGAAACCAUCGGCAGGAUCAAGUGUUGAAGCAAUAGAUAGGGUCAUUAAGCCUGAUAGUGGUCACUCAAAAGUUCGUCAAUUUUUGAGGAAAUUGUCAAGGAAGACUUCCAGAGUUAGUCUAGAUAAUAAAUCAACUUGGUCUUCAUUGUCAGGCUGUGAAGAAAAAAAGAACAGUGAGAAGCUUCAUGCUUGUAAAGAUUCAGUUGCAUCUGUUAACUUGAUGAAAACUGCUUCAGCAAAGCAUUGUAAGAGUUCUACUGAAGACAAUGCUCCACCAUUAUCUUCAAACCAAUCCUGUUCAGAAAGCCAGAGUCAUUUGUCUGCUGCUGAUUCUGUCGAGAAGAUUGGUAUUGAUGAGGGAACAUUAUGUUGGAACCUGUUAAUUUCUCGUCUCUUUUUUGAUGCCAAAGGCAGUGCAGAGUUGAAGAGAUUUUUUCAAGCAAAGAUUCAGAAACAAUUGUCUAGUAUGAGAACUCCCAGUUAUAUUGGUGAAGUCAUCUUGACAGAAUUAAGUACUGGAAAUAUUCCUCCUUGUAUCAUGGGAGUGAGGGUUCUUCCUUUGGAAAUGAGUGAGGUAUGGACCUUAGAAGUUGACAUUGAAUAUGCUGGUGGUGCGCUAUUAGAGAUUGAAACAAGGCUAGAAGUUGGUGAACUAGAUGUCCAUAAAGAGAUAGAGGACUCAAAUCUGGAUUCAGGCAAUGUUGGGGAUGUCCCUGCAGAUUUUCUUGAGGGUUUUGAAUAUUUGGGAAAACAAUUGAACCUCACUGAAGGUACCAGUGACUUACAAGAGCCAAAGGAAGAUGGCGAUGUGAAUAUUGACCUAUCUAAGAGCUUUAGGAGCUCUUCAUGUUCCUCAAGCUCUGGAUCCAGAUGGAAGUCUAUGUUAAAUUCUGUUGCCAAACAUGUUUCGCAGGUACCUCUCUCUUUGGCAGUAAGGGUAGCAUCCCUCAGAGGCACAUUGCGUGUAUACAUAAAGCCACCUCCAUCUGAUCAAUUGUGGUUUGGUUUCACAUCAAUGCCUGAUAUGGACUUCAACCUGGAGUCAUAUAUUGGGGAUCGCAAGAUUACCAAUGGACAUGCUGCUUCUUUCUUGGUCAAACUGUUGAAGAUGGGAAUCCGGGAAAAUUUAGUGCUCCCAAAUUGUGAAUGCAUCUGCAUCCCUUUCAUGCAAGCAGAACAAGACGACUGGGUUCCUUUUAAUGUUGCUCCAUUCAUAUGGUCUAACCAAACAUCUGGAAUCGAGACUUCCAAUUCAGUUGGAGCUAGUGCAAGGACCUCAACUGAUAAUCCGGAGCAUGAUCAAAAAAAGCCAAAAAAUGCUGAAUUUAAUCAAGAACCAGCAAACAAAUCAAUAGAUGCUUGUGGAGUCCGAUCAAGUUCCUUCCGUACACCAGGUAGUGUGGAAGAAUUGAUAACACCAUCGUUGGAGGACAAAGAAAAACCACAAGAAACAAGAGACUUGAAAGAGUUGGGUUUGCCUUCUAUUGAGAAGGUUAAACCUCAAGAAACUAAGGACGUGGGAGAACUUAGACCAUCUUUGUUACAGAAUUUUAGGUCACAAGACAGUAGUGAACAUAAGAUGGGGGAUAGCUCGUCCUCGUCAACACCCAGGAUGAGAGGUAAUUUGUUGGAGAGACAAGAUACUAUGGAUGUGACCAGGCCAAAGAAGAUGGGGAGAAAGGAAAAGAUGCAUGAUCUGCGGAGGAAGAUGAGUGAGAAGUUUGAGGAAAAGAAGCGUCAUAUUGGAGAGAAGAGCAAGCACAUAGUUGACAGGAUGCGAGGACCUCGAGAAUCAUGAACAAAAGGACAGAAUAUGUGCACAUAAUGUUAAAUGAUCUGUUGAUGAUGUCAGCAAAAUGCCAUUCUUACGUCUGAAAAUGUCAGGCAUCAGAACCUGUUUCACUGAUGAGUUGUGCACUUUAUUGAUGUUUAGAAGGAUUCAAUGGCACAAGGCAUGCAUUAAUGAUCCUUCCACAGGAGAGUUUGUAAUUUCUGCAGCACUGGGCACGAUAGAGAGUUCAGUUGUUGAGCGCCAAAUGAUUGUUACUAGAAAUGCUCUAAAGGAUUUUUUAUAUUUGAGUAAUAAUAUAUCAUU